ACCUUCAUUUCGAUGUCGUUUUACAGAUUUCUAUUCUUUUGCAAAAGUUGACCGUGUGGCCGUGUGACCGUGUGGCCGUAUGGUGCAGCACUGUUGUUAUAGACUAUAGACGUAGCGAACCGUAUAUACCGUAUAUACCGUAUAGUGUACUACGUCGUACAUAAAUAAGUACAUACAUUACCGAAAAGAAGCGUCCUAAUACAUUCAAGUAGUACAUAAAUCGCAUAAAGAAACAAUGGAAAAAUAUGAAGUAUUAAAACAGGUUGGUGAAGGAUCCUUUGGACAAGUGUACAAAGCAAAGAAACGAUCCGACGGUGAAAUCGUAGCUUUCAAAGUGAUUCGAAAGCGUGGUAGAUCGUACAAGGAAUUGAGAAGUUUACGUCAAGAAUGUGAAAUUCAGCGCCAUCUUCAUCAUCCAAACAUAGUACAAAUGCUUGAUUCUUUUGAAACAGAUAACGAGAUAGUGGUUGUAACAGAAUACGCGGACAAGGAAUUAUACGAAAUAUUAGGUAAAGCAGGCCGUUUGUCCGAACAGAGAGCCCAAGUAAUUGCUUGUGAUCUUGUUUCUGCACUCUACUACUUGCACUCGAACAGAGUACUGCACAGGGAUCUUAAACCACAAAAUGUCCUCCUCGAAAGCAACGGAGUCGCAAAGUUAUGUGAUUUUGGAUUUGCUCGCAGUAUGAGUACUGGAACGCAUGUAUUAACCUCUAUAAAGGGAACCCCAUUGUAUAUGGCUCCAGAACUAAUAGAAGAACGUCCUUACGAUCAUAACGCGGAUUUAUGGUCUCUUGGUUGCAUAGUGUACGAACUAGUGGUAGGUUCUCCACCUUUUCAAACUACUUCUAUUCUACAUUUGGUCAGAUUGAUAAGAUUCGAAGCAAUAAAAUGGCCUGAUUUCAUCUCUGAAAAUUGUAAAAGCUUCUUACAGGGACUGCUACAAAAGGAUCCUUUGCAAAGACUAACCUGGCCUGCGCUUUUAGAACAUCCUUUUGUUAAAAAUAAAAUCGUAAUAGUAGGCGGGGCUGGACCUACACCAUUCACUACGCCUUUAUCCGCGAGUCAAGCCAGAGAGAAACAGCUGCAAUUGCAAAAUUUAACGAUACAACCUAUCGACCAUCAGUCUAAAUUUUUAGAGAAAGCUAUUAAAAAACUACACGAACAGGAAAGAACGAUCGAGGAACAUCAUCAAAGAACGUGUGCGUCGCAUACUACACGAAUACGUCAGAUUCCCCACGGCCACUGCCAACAUGGAACAAAGCAGUGUUACAAUUUACGUCAUAGCGAACCGAGUGGAACAGAUUCUAGCACCAGCGUCGAUGUCCUUUUAGGAAAUCUUAGCUUAAGAGCGUCACUGAAAAGUCAAUUACUCUCUGCGGAUCAUGCGUUGUGUCAAAGCGAUUGUCUAGCCACCACUAGGAUCGUAGAAAGUAAAAAAGAGAUAUUGAGGUUCGAAGAGACGUCAAAUCGGGAACUAGCGAUUCGUUUCGACGAACAGCAACACCGCUAUCAUCACCAUUACCAUUACCAACAUCAACAAGAACAAGAACAAGAACAAGAACAAGAACAAGAACAAAAUCAAUCGCAACGUCGAGAAACUAAAGAAACGGCGGCACAAAAGAAUAUCGAAGACACGAUUUAUUCAGAGAAGGAGCGUCGAUGCGUUUCAACGGGUAACACCAGAUUACCCGACUGGGAUCCAAAAGCUGUCGAAAGACCGAUCGAAAACGAAGAAUGGAUCGCGUUUUUGCAACGAUCCAUGGAGGAGGUUAUGGAAGGAGAAGUAGGAUCGUUGCUUCAGCAAAAUUGUGUAUCGGUAUUCGUUUCUCCGUUGCGGAAUCCAGCCGCUGGUUGUCGAGUGGUCGAAUACGUUGCUUGUCUGUUAUCCUUACCAUUCGUCAUUUCAAUAACCAAAGACACAUUGGAAAAGAUCGCGCAGGUGUAUUUGGACGUCAGGGUUGUACCGAAUCUCGUCUACGCUAUAAAACUGUUAAUGUCCGAACGUUUCGAGUCCGAGACGAAUAAGAAAGCCGAACCGACAAACGCGAACACUAGAUUAGCCUCUACGUUAUCCGCGGACGAACUUCAAACCUUAGAAUAUACAAUGCUCGUGCUUUGCAGAUUAACGUAUAGUCGGCAACAAUUUCUUACGCAAUUUUGCGAUGCUGUUUACAUCGUAAAUGGAGUAAGAUUAUUACAGCAGUUAUUAAAUUUGGAGAAAAGAAAGGGACGCGUAGUCGCGGAUCUCGUUGCAAUUUUGACCAACAUAUUACGUUCUCAACCUGAGAAUGCUCAUCUAGUGGAAAAAGUUGUGUUUCAUUCGUAUUCAUCGGCGGGAAAUUCGAUAGACCAGUUUGGUAAACUGCUUACGCAUCGACAAGCAACACUCAGAGCGAGAACCUGUCACUUGAUUCGCCUAUUGGGUAGAUUUUCUUGUCGAGCUUUGCAACAAAUCUGGGGUAAAUCUCUGAGGAAUUUGAUAGAGAAGUUAAUUAUUGACGAGGAUCAGACUGUAAGGCUCGGCAACGAACUCUUGGUACUCGAUCUGCAUCGACACCGGUGUCACUCGUUACGGUAACGUGUGUACGUUCUUUGGAGAAAUUGACCAAUCGAUGAAUCAAACGAAAUUCAAUCGCAAUAUACAUAUGUAAAUCGUUCGAGCCGAUGCGAUGGAUACAAAAUUUUCUUCAAUUCUACAACUUCCUUUUAUAACACUUUCAUAGCUGAUGUCUGUGUAACAAGUUGUCGUUGUAGAUUGUAGAUGGAUCGAUCGAAAGCAUUCAAUGGCCAUGUUGUCUGAUCGAUAACGACAGUAUGUAACUUGGAAACGAUCGAAUUGGCUGAACCGCUUUCCGAAAUACAUGUAAAUACGUAUGUUUCGAUACGAUUUUACGUAAUAUACGAAUACAAGCCA